GCGAUAUCAUGUUUCGUUCCACAUCAGUUGAUCCAGUGCAACGCCCAUAUUUUUGCUUCUUGCGCUCAGUACUAUGUGGCAUGUGGCAUAGUCCGGAGCUUCGGAAACACUCGGAAAAGCGGUGGUUUUGAACCUUCAUCAGGAGAAUACAUCUCAGGAGUCAGGGUACUGACGCGACUUCUGAUGCAGAUGAACAAUCCAUCAUUUUAACAGCGUCACAGCAUCCACAUGAAUCAUAAUACUCAAACGAGUCAUUCCUUAUGCUUCCUUGUGCGCGUACGGCAUUCUUCCAGUCACACCGCGACUAACCUGUUACUCCCGCCUACCGUAGUACCAACCAGCAUGCUUCCUCCCAUGACGCGCCCUGCUUUCCUGACGCUAGGCAUCAGUUUGCUUUCAAUCGGUACGGUGCUGAACGUACUCAGCAUGCUGUAUGCGCGCCAUGCAAUCCCAGAAUACGCAUCUUUACCGGCUUGCCGGAAAGAAUUCAACGACGCCAUGACUGAAUGGGCCUCUCUCUUUCCUCCGCAUGGCGGUCAGGUCCUACUAGACGGCAACAAAUACGACGUUCGCGUUGCCUUCGUGACUCUUCGAGACGUUUUCAAUGGCCAGUCACCGGCACGCGCCAUUGAAUCCGUUGACUUCGAAGAGACAGAGUAUUGUUUGGAUGUUUUGAGGCAGACUGUACUAUGUACUGCGGACAUUACGCUGGAGCCCGGAGAGGUGGUUGUUUUAUCGGAUGGUUCAACUGACAUGGCAGCGACGGGGAAUCAUGUUGAUCAUAUUUGCAAGGAUUGGGCCCAAGUAAGGGAGUUCGUUGAAAAAAACCAAGAGUCGUGGGCCCAGGACCAUUAGAGUAGAUAUCAUUAAUAUGUUACAGUAGAUCUCCUGACUUCGAAUUAAUUAUGGUCCCUCCCUUUCACGAACU